CUGCGCCUCGGCGCGGAGCGCGGCGACGCGCACUGCCAGUACUGCCUCGCCGUCGCGCUGCUGGAGAAGGACGAGCUCCAGGAGGCCGUCAUCUUCCUCGAGCUGGCCGCGGACCAGAAGUACGCCAAGGCGGAGUUCACCGCGGGCGCGUGCCACCUCCAGGGCCUCGGCGUCCCCGAGGACGAGGACAAGGCGCUCCGCUGGUUCCUCCGCGCGGCCUACCGCGGCCACAACGAGGCGCGCCAGGCCGUCGGCGUCAUCCGCCGCCACCGGCCCGACGCGCCC